GGUGGUCCCUCUAAUAGCAGGAGGAGCUGUCCGCGGUGCUGAAACCAGACUCACACCCGGAGACGAGCAGAGGGAGGCUCCGGAGAAACUACCGACACACAGGCGUCACCAUGCCGUCGCUCCCCAAGACCUUCACAGCGGGCGAACCUUUCUGCGUCUGUUUUGCCAACCUCUUAAUCCUCCUCCUCCUCAGUCCCCCCGGGGUGCACGGGGCUUCUCUUAGAGAGCACAGACUGCGAGGAAGCGAGUCCGACUCCCAGAGAGGAAAUGUCCACCAGGCUCCUAACGCUGACAUGCUCAAAGCUUUGGAGUACAUAGAGAGCCUCCGUCAAAGAACUGGCACGGACUCCCAGCAGCACGCCCCUCUCACGACAGGAUACGACACCAGCCACAUGGAUGACGCAGAGAAGCUGCGUGCCAUGCUGAGACUGGCCUCUAACCCUGUACAGAGUAAAGAUGAGGGCGAGGAAGAGGAGGAGGCAGCAGAGGGAAGGGAGGAUAAGAGUGAGGAGCUGCUCCAGGCUGUGCUCAGCACCCUCCAGCAGACGGAAAAGGCCUCCAAGCCAGCUCCAUUUCCUCCCAGUGUCGAGGGGGCAGGCGUGAGGGACAGCGCGCACCCGAGGGUGCAGCAGAAGCCACACGGCAUCAGGCCUCACAAGAAGCUGCCGCUAAUGUUUGAGGAUGAGGAAGAAGGUGAGGGGGAGGAGGAGGAGGAGGAGGAGGAGGGGCCGGAGCACGAGAGCCCCUUCAAGCGCACCAACGAGAACGUGGAGGAGAAGUACACGCCUCAGAACCUGGCAACCCUGCAGUCUGUGUUCGACGAGCUGGACAAGCUGACGAGCGCGAAGAUCACGCCCAAGCGCCAAGACGAGGAAGAAGAUGUGGAGGAGGACGGCGAGGACGAGGACGUGUUCAACGCAAGGAGCGUGGCAUUCGACGGUGCAGGCGGGGAUCUCGCAGACUGGGGCCCACUGCAAGAACAGGAGGAGGAAGAGGAGGAGGAGGAGGAGAGGGAGAACAAACACGAGGCCGACCGAGGGCUCGAUUACCUCGAUGACGACGGCGAAGAAGCCGAGGAGGAUGAUGAAGAGGAGGAUGAGGAAAGCUACCCAGUCAAGAGGUCGAGCGAUCAAGAUGACGUUGCCAAGCUGGUGGACUAUUACCUUCUGAAAGUGCUGGAGAAAACAGAGGAGGAAGAGCAGAAGCGCGAGAUAGAGGAGGAGGAGGAGGAGGAGGAGGAGGAGAGGGCUGAGAGGAGAGUGGCUCAGUCACAGUACAGAGAUAACAUAGACCCGCGGGCCAUCUACCAGCUCAUUCAGAUAUCGCAGAAAUAUCAGAUCCCGCCUGAAGACCUGCUGGACAUGCUAAAGAGCGGAGAGAUGGCGAACCGAGACAAGUCACGAAAGAGCAACCAAUUAGCCCGAGCAGAGAACAGGCUCUCUCAGACAUCCUCAAAGAAAACGCACAAGUUCCCUCAAGUUCUCUUCUACAACAGACGCUUUCCCGACCGACAGAAGACCGCAGAAGAGCUGAGGACAGAGGAGAUACUGAACAUCCUCGGGUUAGGGGGCGGGGAGGAUCGCACUCCCGCCAGAAAGCAGUACAAAAGCCCGCCGUCACGACUUCGCGCUCAGCCUCCGAGGCGUUCGGGGGAACCCGCGCCCACGCAGCGGCGCCUCCCCAGCACAUUAAAGGGCGACUACGACGACACCGUGGACGAGGAUGAGCUGGCGGCGUAUUUAGCGGCUCAGAUGCUGGCGCGGUAUCCAAAGCCCGCGUACAGCAGGAACAACAAGGCGAGCCAGAAGCGGGACGAAGCCGGACAGAGCGCGACGGGCUCUUUUGAGCAGGCGAUACAGGAUUACUUUGAUCAAAUGGACUCCGAGAAAAGCCCGAAUGAAAAGAGACAGUCUGAGGCAGACGGGAGGGGCAGUGACACACAGGUGCAGGGCUUUGAUAACAUGGCCGUGAUGAAAUUGCUGAGCUACCUGAACCCAGAAACUGAAGAAAGUGAUUCUGAUGCCAAAACCGCCCAUGGAAUAUAAAUAAAGCUGUAGAUACAUAUACAUAUAAAUAUAUAUAUAUAUAUAUUUAUUGUUUGGGUGGAGGGAGAGGGGGGAAAAUAAAGUAUUUUGAAGAAUAAAACAUGCAGUCAACUUUAGUUAUUCUGUAGGUAUACACAAGGUCUUCUUUAUUAGCAGAAAAUAGUGUUCGGACAUUCAUUUUGAUGCUCUCUUUUACAAAUAUGAGUUUGUUGCUCCACGACACUUAACGACCAGUACAUGUGACUCACCAGCCUCGCACACACGACACACACACACAACCAAAAUCAGUGUUGGAUUCCCUCGAUUCACUUGUGUUUUUUUUGGUAACUCUUUCUUAAAUGUGGUCAUUUGUGACAUACCUGAGGUUAAUAAAGCAUUGACUAUAUUUUUUCCUUACUGUGUGGUGUUUCUUCAUUUACUCACGUCACAGUGCAUCAGUAUAAACGUACACUUUGUCUGUGAAUCACUGUUAAGAUUACAAAAA